AUGGCGAAGACUCGCGCCCCGACGGGCGCUGCGCAGACCGGCUUGGUCGCGCUGGCGGCGGCGGCGGUCCUGCCGGCGGCGGCACAGGUGUCCAUGCUGUACCCUGGUAAUUUGUGGUCCAUGGUGGCGGAUCCAUCUGGCCAGCUGAGUGGGUGCUGCGGGGCCCACGCGGGCGACGGGAUAUGCCAGGACGGCACGGCGGCGUCGGGCUUGACCAGGUGCUGUGGCCACGCCAAUGGCACUUGCAACGCGUUUUGCUGUGCCUGCACUCACGGCUGUAAGCAUUUCGAAGAUUACACGGUGGAGCCUGAGUGGGAGGUCAUAGAUGGAUCGUUGUUGGACUUGCCGUUGAACGAAUUCCCCAUGAUCUUGGCGCACGACGCCGGGACCGGCUACGAGAACAAUAAUUUCUGCAACAAUUUCAAUCCGAUCGGAAAUUAUGCGGUGUGCCAGAGAGGGAAUUUUACAGAGCAGCUGAAUUGCGGUGCGCGAGCGUUCGAUAUCCGCCCGUACAAGAAAUCUGAUGGGUCCAUGUGUAUGCACCACGGAGGCACUGUGUUCGACGUGCUGCUGCAGGAUGCCUUGGAAGAGGUUCUCGAUUGGCUGGAGAGCCAUCCUGAUGAGCUUGUGAUCCUGUUCGUGCAGUUUGUAAGUGGUGACACGCAAGCGUUAAUAAACGAGGCCGUCAUUGAGUCAAACGAGCUGGUCAAAGAAAUGGGGUUCGUCAGAAUGAGUAUGAAGGCUUCUUUCAUGCGGGAUAUGACGGUGAGAACGGCAUUGGAGAAAGGCAGAAUAGGGACUGGGGGCGCCGGGUUUUUCGUGUACGAGCUCGGAGACGAUGGAUACGACCCGUCUCUGACUUGCUUCUCUGGGUGGGGGGAAUCUUGCAUUGGCACCCAGGCGCAGAGGCAGGGGCGGUACACUGCUAUGCACGAAUACCUAGGCGGACAAUUCAACGGAGAUCAGUUCCCGCUCGCUGGCGGGCUGCUGUGGAACACACAGGCGCACUGGCAGUACGACGCCGCCUCGAUCGCGGCGGGCCUAAGUCGUUUCUCGUGUAUAUUGGCAGAAGAAGCAUCGGCCAACGUCAACGCCUUGUUGGCGUCGGGUAUCGCAAACGGGGAUUACAGCAAGAUGAAUUUGGUUCAGAUGGACUAUGUCUGCGAUUCGGGCAAGGACGCCUUCAAGGCGAUGCGCUCUUUUGCGCGAGCCUAUGCCGACGAGAAGUCCAGCCUCCAGCAGAAGUACGAGAUGCCUCACGACGCCUGGCGCGCCCGGCCCUGCUACGCCCGCGGCGUCGCGAUCCUGGCAGCGGGCGCGGUUGCCGUCAGCACCGUGGUAGUUGGAAUGCGCCUCGCGUUUGGGCGCUUUCUUUCUCUUGGGACAUGCCGUGGUGAAGCCCAGCGCGCUCCGCCGGAAGACAAGGCGGCCUUGUUGGAGCGACAUGGGUCCCAGUAG